AUGGCUGCGCAGGGAAGGAACGCAGACGUCCUCGCGCUCUUCGACGUCGACGACACCCUCACCGCGCCCCGCAAGCCGGUGACGCCGGAGAUGCUGGAGUUCAUGAUACAGCUGCGACAGCACGUGACUCUUGGCGUGGUGGGUGGAUCUGAUCUGGUCAAGAUUACCGAGCAGCUCGGCAAAUCAGUUUUUACUGAUUACGAUUACGUCUUCUCUGAAAAUGGCCUGGUUGCACACAAGAACGGAGAGCUAAUUGGAACUCAAAGUUUGAAAUCAUUUCUCGGAGAAGACAAGCUGAAGGAAAUUAUCAACUUCACUCUUCACUACAUUGCUGACUUGGAUAUCCCAAUUAAAAGGGGUACAUUCAUAGAGGUCCGAAAUGGGAUGGUUAACGUGUCUCCUAUAGGGAGAAAUUGCACUCAGGAGGAGCGUGAUGAAUUUGAGAAGUACGAUAAGGUGCAUAACAUCCGGCCUAAGAUGGUGUCCGUGCUUCGUGAAAGGUUUACACACUUGAACCUGACAUUUUCUAUCGGUGGACAGAUUAGUUUUGAUGUAUUUCCCCAAGGCUGGGACAAAACUUACUGCUUGAGAUAUCUUGAGGAAUUUCAGGAAAUCCAUUUCUUUGGGGAUAAGACUUACAAGGGUGGCAAUGAUUAUGAGAUUUUUGUAUCUGACAGAACAGUUGGGCAUACAGUUACCAGUCCUGAUGACACAUUACAACAAUGCAGAGAUCUCUUCAUGUCGAAGUGA